AUGGAUAGCUCAAUAUUUGUGUGGAACUGCCACGGGGCAGCAUCUUUGAAAUUCAGAAGAGUAUUGAAAUCCCUCCUAUGGGGGUACCGUCCUGAUCUAGUAGUCCUGGUAGAACCUCGCAUUUCGGGCAUGACAGCUGACAAGAUUAUAAAAAAAAUGGGAUACCCCUUCUCUCACCGUAUUGAAGCCAGGGGUUUCGCUGGGGGCAUCUGGAUGAUUUGGUCAGACAAAAUAAAGGUAAAUGUCAUAACUAAUCACCGUCAAUUUAUCCAUUGUGAAGUAAGAGAAUUACUGACUGAUCAAGUCUUCUUAUUCACGGCAAUUUAUGGGAGUCCCAAUCCAACUGCUCGUGAGAAACUGUGGAAAGAUCUCCUAAACCUCCAAAUCAGGCCUAGUGGGGCCUGGCUCAUUGCUGGUGAUUUCAACGCGACAGUAGAAGCAAGGGAGCGUAAAGGAGGUGCAAGAAGAUUACAGCAGGGCUGUAAAUAUUUCAAGAGCUUUAUUGAUGAGGUAGGCUUACUGGAUUUGGGUUAUGUCGGCCCAAAAUUUACAUGGCAGUGUGGGGGACUUUUGGUUCGUUUGGACAGGGUGCUAAGCAACGAGAAAUGGCUAGAGAAGAAUCCCUCCACUCAAGUCAUGCACUUACCAAAAGUUCAAAGCGAUCAUCGACCUCUUCUCAUUAAAUCAACAGCCAGCAAGCCACAAGCUCAACGUCCUUUUCGUUUUUUGGCUUCCUGGCUCCUGCACCCAGAGUUCUCAACCCUGGUCAGAAAACACUGGGAUACAGGAAGGCGGCUCACUGAAUGCAUCGAAUCAUUCUCUCUUGAAGCCCAGCAAUGGAAUACCCAGGUCUUUGGAGAAAUAGGACAAACUAAAGCAACUUAG